GAGAGUAAGACGAGCGAGAGAGAGAGAGAGAGAGAGAGAGGUGGAGAGGGAUCAGGACUCCUGAUCUCCUCUUAAUAUUUAUCAUUCUUCGAAGGAGAGGCCAGGAAGUGGACUCCAUUCUUGUCGCCUAAAUCUCUCUUCUCUCUCCCGUGCAUUGCUCUCCCUUCCAUCAUCUAUCUCGCCUUUCGUUCCUGUCGGCGAUGAGAAAGGGGCGGGCAGCAGCGACCACGGCGACGGCGGUGGCGGCCGCGGGUGGAGCCGGAUCGGUGAAGGAGGUGCGGUUCCGCGGCGUGAGGAAGCGGCCGUGGGGGCGGUUCGCGGCGGAGAUCCGGGACCCCUGGAAGAAGGCUCGCGUCUGGCUCGGUACCUUCGACUCCGCCGAGGAUGCCGCCCGCGCCUACGACACCGCCGCCCGUGCCCUCCGCGGCCCCAAGGCCAAGACCAACUUCCCCCUCGGCCCUGGCUCCUCCCUUCCCCCUGCCCUUCCUUUCCCCUCCUCCACUGCCGCCGCCGCUGCUGCCGGAUUUCCCUUCCACCACCACCACAAUCCAGACUCCCCUCCCGAUCUUCUGCCGCCGCAGCGGCCGACGUCCAGCAGCCUGAGCAGCACCGUGGAGUCCUUCAGCGGGCCUCGGCUCUCGGCGCCGCCGCUCCCACUCCGGUCUAACUCCCACCUCCGGCGGCCGGCCAAGCCGCCGCCGCCCCCCCGCGUCCUCUCCGGCGACCAGGACUGCCACAGCGACUGCGGCUCCUCCUCCUCCGUCAUCGACGAUGGCGACAUCGCCUCCGCCUGCCGGCAGCCGCUGCCGUUCGAUCUGAACUUCCUCCCUCCCGCCGAUGACGACUUCCACGCCACGGCUCUCCAUCUCUGAUGCUCGAUCCCCGGCCGAGAAGGAAGAAAAAGAAAGAAAAGGAAAAAAAAUAGAGCAUGCUUCCUUUUCUUCUCUAUCUCUUCUUCUCAUAAUUCCCUACAAUUCCUUUUUUUUUUUCUUUUCUUUCCCUCUGAUCAUUUUGUAUGGGGGUUUGGGACUUGGCUUUGGAUAAUGAAAGCUAUUUAGAUGGGUAUAGGUUUCAGGAUCGGAUGGUGUUAAAUCCGUUCUGGGGUUUGUCUCUGAUCUCCUCCCUCCUCCUUUCUUCUUUGUAAAAAAAGGAUAUCUAUCUAAUUCGAUGAAUGAGAAAGAAAACUAAAACACCUAUUUAAGUUUA